AUGGCCUACUGCUGUGUUCCGCUGUGCAAAUCGGACGAGAAAAAGAAACCGACAGCGCUUCCCUUUCAUGAACUACCCGCUGACGCAGACGCUCGAGCGCGCUGGCUUGCCGCAAUACGACGAGACAAGUUGUCGCCGAACACCACCUCAUGCUACACCAAAGUAUGCAGUCGCCACUUCAAAGAAGAGGACUUCAUCGAAGGCAAGCAGCGACGCCUAACUAAAGGGGCUGUGCCGUCAGUUUUUCAAGAAUACCCGCCCCAUCUCCAGCCGAAAUCAACUCCGGCGCGAAAUACAGCAAGCAUCAACAAACGAGUGAGUGCUACAAUGGUGCGCAGUGACUCCGCGAGCGGCAACGUUGCUUCAGCAGUGGAGGAUAUGUCGGAUUUUUGCGUGAUGGACACAUUGUCGGAGGCCAACUUGCGUGAUCAAGGCGUCCAGGUAGACAGCAGGUCAACUUCAAGUGCGCUUGUCGCUGAGAAAGCGAAGUGGAGAAGAAAAGAAAAGGAGUUGAGGAGCCAGCUGCUUCGACUGCAACAGACCGUCGACAAGUACAAAAUGGAAUUGAAAAAGCUGCACGAGGAUGCCCUGGUUGCGGAUGUUUCUUACAUCUAA